UCACACUCCUUACUUCUUCUUAAAGGCUUCCACUGCCGCAGUCCUCUCUUCCCUCCGUCCGUCCGUCCCUCCCUCCCUCUCUCUCUCUCAAGGAAGCAGCUUCUGCUUUUCUCCUAUGGCAACACAAGGAGAGGCAAAAGAAGUGGUGGAAGAGGCGUUAGAACCCUUAAAAUACAAGACAUGGGUGUUGAAAGUCUCCAUCCACUGCGAAGGAUGCAAAAAGAAAGUGAAGAAAAUCCUACAGAAUAUUGAUGGUGUUUACACCACAGAAAUUGACACCAGGCAACAAAAAGUCUGUGUCACCGGCAACGUGGACGUAGAGACCUUGCUGAAGAAGCUGGUGAAGAAUGGAAAACACGCCGAGUUGUGGCCGGAAAAAGCUGACCAUCGGAAAGAGAAAAAAUCAAAGAACAAAGAGAAACAAAAGGACCAAGAAAGCAACGAACAAGAAGGCGGCCAUGGUGGAGAUAAAGAGAAGUCAACAGUGAAAUUUGAAGCAGUACAAGAACCCACCAAAAACCCUGAACCCAAACACAGUGAAGCUGCUGCAGCCAGCGGCAGCGGCGGCGGAGGUGGUGGUGGUGGUGGUGCUAAGGUUGGGGAAAAUGGCCCCGCCGCCAAAAACGGUGCAGCCGCUCAAAAGGAGGCAAAACCAGAGGUGAAGAAACCGGAGGCGUCGCCAGCCGGUGAAGCGCCUCCGGCUGCGGAAAAGAAGGUUGGCGAAAGUGAUGCUUGUGCAGACAAAGGUGGUAGUGGCAAUGGAAGUAAAAAGAAGAAAAAGAAGGGGCAAAAACCCAACUCUGAUGUGGGUGCACCAUCUUCUGACACACCAGCAGCACCCCCUGGCUCACCCAACCCUAGCCCUGCUCCGAGCCAUGGUCCAGCCCCAGCCUCAACUCAAACCGUGUACCACUACCCACCACAUUACUAUGCACCCCCACAGCCAGCAUACACUGUUAGUUACAACACAAUGCACCCAAGUACCAGCCAUGGGGCAUCAUACUACGCAACACCCCCACCACAAUACUCCUACGCCUACAUGCACCCUGGUCCAUGGACAGAACCUCCACCGUCCGAUUUCGACUCGAAUCCACCAUCGGUGCAUCCACCGUCGGACUCAUUCCAAUUUUUCAGUGAUGAAAACCCUAAUGCAUGUUCACUCAUGUGAAAUUCAGCCAACUUGGGAAGGAAGAUCAUAGCUUAUACUACUUGUAUGAGUGUAUUAAGGGGUUGGGAUAAUUUUGUAAUGUAUGUGUAUAUGAAAGAGUAAAAACCUAGGAGAAAUAAGAGGGGUUUUAGGAGGGUUUUGGGCAGUGGGAUGUAUGUGUUUUCUUUUCCCUUUGUUUAGUACUUUCUCUUCUUUUUAGCAUGGGUUUUUUUGCCUUUCUUUUUUUUUUAAUGCUUUUAGUCUUACAAUGCUUAGUUGUCUGUAGGCCCUAAUGCCUCUCCUCCUCUCUUUUUUUUCUCUAUGGUACAUGCAUAAAGUUGAUUUGGCACCUUGGCACCUUGCCUCGGCCUAUGGGAUGGUGAGUAUGUGGCAAUGAAUAGGGUUUCAGGCAUCA